UUUUAUUGUUAUUUUUUAGAUCAGUAUAUUAAAAACAUUUACUAUUUGAUCUGAAUAAAGGUAAAUUAUAAAAAGAAUUCGUUGACAGAAUGGUUUCUUGCAUCGUUGCAUUUGCUAUAUUUGUUACUAUAUCAGCUGUAAAUCUAGCACCUCUAAAUCAGAAUGAAGUUGGAAAAACUGUGGAUGACUUCAGGAAGAUUUUUGAAAAAGAUUUUUUUUUCUCUCGAAAAAAACAUAAACCGGCAACAGUUACUUUAAAUCAACACCCUAUUCAAAUAGGGCGUAAAGAUGAAUUUGAAAAUAAUGACAAUUAUUAUUACAACAGUGUUAACAAAAAAAUGUUGAUGGCUGGUUUAUAUGACAAGAUUCGUCAAGCUACUGAAGAUGAAACAUUUUAUACAAGACUUGAAGAAAGGCAUGCAAAAAAAAAAGAAAUAGUAGCAUUAUUAAAUGAAAUACUAAAGCCUGGUGAAGACGAUGCUUGGCUUUGAAAUCCAAAACCUAAUUGUUUUGUUUAAACCGCUGAAGUUAUAUUUAUAAUAUUUAAACUUAUAUUUUGUCAAUAUUUUUUUUAUUAAUAUUAUGUUUAAUGUGUUAAUCUAAUAUUAGUCAUAGUUUUUUCUUAUUUUAGGAUUAAUUGUUUUAUUAAUUUGUAUAUUUUAUGAGCAAAUUGAAUCUUUUUUUAAUUUUAGAA